AUGACAGCGCUCAACAAGAUGAGGGAGUUGGUUGGGAUGGCCCGUGCUCCACUGCAAUCACGUGCUGUACCGGCGCUAGCCCCACCAGAGACUAGUGUCACAUCCCAGCACACCACAGUUGUUGACGGUAGCUGGGAUCCGGAUCAAAGCUUCUACGAAUUUGCUAUCGAUUCCUCGAGUGAUAGCGACAACACCGCCACUUCUCAGAGUGCAUCCGCCACAAUCGAGGGUGACACGUCUCCCUCCCCUUCCAAGGCACCUUACACGCGUGGGCAUCGCCGUCGUUCCACGCACGUUACUCGCCGUGACCUUGAGAAGUUUCAUACGGAGGUCCUGGGCAUCGAACAUCACGCCUCCUGGUUCGACGAGGAUAACGGCACUCCACGAUCCUUUACCCCCAACGACCCGGCCCUCGAGGAACUCAAUCGCGCCUUUGCCAACGCGGACGUUUCCAUGAACACCAACGGCAUGGCUAGCAACGGCACCGGUCCUGGUGGCUACUACGAGAAUACCUCGGGCGCCGUCAACAUGGCCAACAUGCCUUCGCGCCAGACUCCGUCCCCGUCCCCUUCCCAAUCCUCGGGCGCAAGCCAGAUCAAUGGAGGGAUGGGUGCCAUGGGCGCAGGGAUCCCGAUGAAUGCUGGCCACCAGAUGGAUUUGCAUCAUUUAUAUGAAAUGGUGAUGGAGUUGAGUGACGUCCUAAGAAACAACCGUGAUGUGACCAAGAACAUUGUCGCGAACGCUGAGGAGAUUGUGAAGAACGGCAUCACAGAUAGCACUACCUCCAAUGGGCAGCCACACAGCGAGAACUCGAAUGCUCGAAUCGCCGAGCUCGAACGCGCCCUCGCCCGAGAAAAGCGCCUGGCCGCUCACCACAAGCACCACCAGGAGGAGAACAUGAAGCUGGUCCACGAAUUCGAGAAUUCUGUGGGCAUUAUGGUUGAACAGAUUCGCAACUACUGCCAGAACAACAACAUGCACUACCUUGCACAGAAAACACACUACAACAAUCUGCUCCAGGCUGAGCGUGAUGCUCACCUGGAAAGCCGACUUGAUCGGGACUACUGGCAUGCGCAAACCAUGAAGUGUGCUGAGAUGAUCCGCACCGCCCACCGCCUCAGCUGUGAAGCCGAUGAGACUCCCACCCGUGUCAUCUCCGGUCUGCAGAACGAGGUCCGCGCCUAUCGCUUCGCACUUGGCAUGGAGGCCGAGAAGCCCGAAGAGGAGUAUGGCUGGGAAUAUUUAAAGAACAUACCGGGCUUGGAAUGA